AUGAAUGAUGCCACGCCUCUCCUCAAGUGGUUCUAUGAUGAAGAUACAGAAUGUGGUGUAUUGCGAUGUGCACCUUGUUAUGAGCUUCAUGUGGCCGCUAAACCUACUCUUCGAUCUUUAACACCAUUUAGAGCCAAUCAGUUGCUAAAUCCAAGAGGCAAUGGAACACUUUCCACAGGAAUUUUUUUAACAAAGAAACAACAAGUUUGGUAUCAUCAUAAGAGGCGUUGCAUUUAUCAUCUGUGUCUGGUAGGAAGUGAAUCGUCUAAGCACCACAAAGCAAUGGACGAAUAUAUGAAGAAAAAAGAAUUGAAACACGAGACAACGGCCUACAGAAAUCUCUUCUAUGCAGCAAUUGCAGACCUCAAGCUUGGUGCUGCCGUAAAGCAUUUGGAGAUUCUUCUCUCUCUUUUGGCUUGCUGCUCUGUAGAUAUUGGGAAAAUGGGGCAUGGUCGCAACAAUUGCAAUGACAUUAUUUAUUGUCUUGAAAAAGUUAUAGAUGGAAAAAUCAAAUCUUGGCUAUCUACUCCUUGCCCUUCCACUUUGCUUCCUCUCCAUUAUUGGGUGACUGCAAACAAAGCAACGCCAUCUCGUACAACAAAUCAAGCUGUUCUCAUUGUGGCAAGAAGCAAAGAUGGCAAGCCUUGUCCUAUUGCCUGUUGA